UAACAUUUGUGUUGGCAACCACGGUGACUAAAUCAACUAACCAACCAGAACCACAGUCUGUUUCUGUUGUAAAAUCAGCAAAUCUUGAUUUUACCCUCAAAAUUAUUUUUCCAAAAUGGUUUUGGAAGAAAUUAAUGAAAACAUUCCGGACGAAACUCCAAAAGAAGCAAAAAAAGAUGUCACCAAACCGUUCACCCUAGAAUUAAUUAACGUAAUUAGAAACGUACAGCAGCAACAUGGCCUGCGACACGGUGAUUUCCAACGAUACAGAGGAUAUUGUACGAGGCGUAUUAGCAGAUUACGCAAGGUAUUAAAAAUUCCUCAGGGCGAUCGGAGGCAUUACAAGAAGAGGCCAGUAACAGACGAGCAUGUGAGCAAUCCUGUAUUAGACGAAAGGCUUCUACAUAUUCCGCUGAUGUUGGCGGAAAGAAGUUGGGCGUAUGCAAUGCAAUUACGUCAAGAAUCUAAUACUGAGCAACGUAAAAAGUUUCAUAUGAUCAGAAAGUUGCGGAAAGCCUGUUUUUAUGCUUCACAACUGGAAGAGCUGUGCAAGUCCGACCGCUGUGAUGCCAGAUCGAAAUUAGAAGCACAAGCGUAUGUCGCUUGGAUACAGGGGAACUUAUACUUUGAAUUGCAAGUGUGGUCAACUGCUGCGGAAAACCUGAAGAAGGCUCAGUUGGUGUAUGAGAAACUCGCUUCGGCUUUACCAGAGGAGCACCAGGUGCCAUACAGACAGCGCAUCGACGAACUGACGCCUAGCCUGCGUUAUUGCGCUUAUAACGUAGGAGAGCAACAGGGGAUCAAUUUACCAGAGUUGCGAACUUUAGGUAUCUUGGACAAUUUUGACAAGUUUUUGCUGCAAUCGACGGAAAAAACCGCGACAAUCUUACACGAGGUCGAUUGGUACGAUAUUAAAGUGCCGGUUCGCAUAGAAAAGGUGCAGUUAUUCUUGCAGACCUUGACCGGUUUUGAUAGUUCGCUGCUUAAGGCGGACAGUGACGCGAAAAGAAUUGAAAUUUUAGAAAAUAUGUUCAUCGACUUGCGCGAUGUUAUCGCCGCCACUCGCGAGGCUCCUGAAGAUAAGGAUGUACAAUUACUAUUGGCGUAUUUAAUUUCGAUUCGUAUAGAACGUACGAUCCAACGAAAUAUGUACUUGAUAAAGCAAAGUCGGAAACCGCAAGAUAUCGUUCGUCUGCUGGAUAUUACAAAUCAGCAGUUAAAUGAACUUGCGCAAUUGGAACCGUUGCAGAAUAAGCAGGAUGUGCAGGCGAACUUUUCCCAGCAGCUACUGGCUCUACGGGCGAUUAGAUGUUUUUAUCUGGGAAAGUCGCAUUUUGCUUUGCAUCGUUGGGUCGAGGCUAUGAGUUGCUAUGAACGUUCUUUAAGUUAUGCACAAGAAGCGAGUCAAAAUAAAUUACCGAGUGAUUUGUCGGAAAUGGUCGCAACGGUGAUUGAAGAGGUCCCAUCUGAAAUUGUGUACGUGCAAGCCCAAUCCAUUAUGGAAGAAGAACAGUCGGAACCGACCGCUCUGCAGAGUAAGAGUAAGAUUAACAAGGUUCCACUAAUCGAGCGUUUGGACGAAUUCCACGAGAAUCCGCAGUAUCUAACGAAGAAUCCGAAUAUUGUCACAAUGCCACCUGCUAUGGAACCGGUACCGGCUAAGCCUCUGUUUUACGAUCUUGCACUUAACUUUGUCCACUUUCCCGCGCUUCCUGAGAAGACAGACGAAGGGAGCGCAGGAAAACACAAGGGUACUGGCAUAUCCGGUUUUGUUAAAGGAUUUUGGGGCGGUUGGGGGGGUUCUGGAAAAAAGUAAAUUUUGCCAAUAUGGGGAACUUUUGGAUUGCAAAUAUUUGUGUUUAAUAUAAAAGUUUUGUUCAAAUCUGCCCAGCAUUGUUUAGAAACAACAUUUUUUUUCUACUGUUUUAUAUUACACAGAUUGAUUUUAAUUAUUGAAGAAUUAUAGUUUAUUCUGUUUUGUAA